AUGUCGGCCACCGCGACUCAAUCCAUCACCAUCCCGGCCGGGCCCGCUGACCGCCGAGACAACCGCUCCAAGUCGGCGGCCACGGCCUCGUCGUCUUCGUCUUCGUCAUCUUACUCCAGCUCGCCCAUGACCCCGCAAUCGACACAGUCGUCGCCGGCCUCUUCGGCACAGAAGCAGAAGCUAUUCCAUACAAGGAGGCCCAGCCUUCUCAGCUCCGCUAUUCUCAAGGAGGAAUGCACCGUGAUCAACAUCGGCGAGCCUGAGGGCCCUCCAAGGCUGAUCUCGUAUACGGCCUCAAGCCAGGGCUUCACGUGGAAUCCUGAGAUCUUCCUCCCAUCUUACGUCGACUACGACUACAUCCCGCUCGACCAGCGACGCGAGCCCGUCCACGAGAUCCGACUCAGCGACGAGGAAAUCAAGGAGAUCUACCCGCAGUGA